AUGGCUCUCUGCAAGCCUACCACCCCCAGCCCACUCUGCCGAGGCCUGCCCCCUUCUCGGGACACCCCGAAGUCCCGAGACGGUCAGGCUCAGGCCCCCGGCACGGGAGCCGGCCCAGAGCAAGCGGCCCGUGUGCUGAGGCUGCUGAGCCCGUCCCCGACUCGGCGCCUGCGGCGGGGAUGGGGCGAGGGCGAUCCGUACCUGUCAGGUCUCUUUCCGGGACCAGCAGCGGCGCAACUUCAGGAGCCCAUGACGGUCCGGGGGCCCGGCCCCUCUCCCGGGAGCAGGGGCGCGGAUCCCGGGAAGGGGGCUGGGGACCCGGGCUGCUCUAGCCUCGUCCCAUGCUCCUCGCCUGCUGUCUGGGGACCCAAGAGAAGCCCCGCACUGCGCCUGCGCCACGCAGUCUCCGCGCCCGCCCCGCGCCUCGCGGUCCGCGGCUACGCUACGGCGAUGGCGCCCGGCAGUUUCCAGAAUAGUGAGCGCGGGCCCCAAUCCUCCCCGCCCCCCACCCCCCAUCGCGCGCCCGGUCAACGUCUGCUGCCGGUGGCGCCUACUAACCUGCUAGCGGGGAAGCCCCCGCUCCGCCGGGGCCAAUCGGCGGCAUCGCUCGCGGGAACGGCAGCCAGUGGGCCGGCGGAAAAGCCGGACUCAGCCCUGGAGUAUCAUGGGAGUCACCAAGCCUGUGCACCUCUCGCCAGAUGCUCUCCUGGUCCCCAGUCCUGUCCCCAACCUUCUGUUCUUCUGGCUCCCCUGAAAAGCCCACGGCCUCCCGUUCUCUCGUCCUUCACAGGUUUCCAUGUGAUCUCCACCAUCUCGAGUAUCGUCCCGGAGAGCUGCCUGCUGAUCGUAGUGGGGCUGCUGGUGGGGGGCCUGAUCAAGGGCGUUGGCGAGACGCCCCCCUUCCUGCAGUCAGACGUCUUCUUCCUCUUCCUGCUGCCACCCAUCAUCCUGGAUGCGGGCUACUUCCUGCCACUGCGGCAGUUCACGGAGAACCUGGGCACCAUCCUGAUCUUUGCUGUGGUGGGCACACUGUGGAAUGCUUUCUUCCUGGGUGGCCUCCUGUAUGCUGUGUGCCUGGUGGGCGGUGAGCAGAUCAACAACAUCGGCCUGCUGGACACCCUGCUCUUCGGCAGCAUCAUCUCGGCCGUGGACCCGGUGGCUGUGCUGGCUGUCUUCGAGGAGAUCCACAUCAACGAACUGCUGCACAUCCUUGUCUUCGGGGAGUCCCUGCUCAAUGACGCCGUCACUGUGGUCCUCUAUCACCUCUUUGAGGAGUUUGCCAGCUAUGAGUAUGUGGGCAUCUCGGACAUCUUCCUUGGCUUCCUGAGCUUCUUCGUAGUGUCCCUCGGCGGAGUGUUUGUGGGCGUGGUCUACGGGGUCAUCGCAGCCUUCACCUCACGGUUCACCUCCCACAUCCGGGUCAUCGAGCCGCUCUUCGUAUUCCUCUACAGCUACAUGGCUUACCUGUCAGCCGAGCUCUUCCACCUGUCGGGAAUCAUGGCCCUUAUUGCCUCAGGAGUGGUGAUGCGUCCCUACGUGGAAGCCAACAUCUCCCACAAGUCCCACACCACCAUCAAAUACUUCCUGAAGAUGUGGAGCAGCGUCAGCGAGACCCUCAUCUUCAUCUUCCUCGGGGUCUCCACUGUGGCUGGCUCCCACCAGUGGAACUGGACCUUCGUCAUCAGCACCCUGCUCUUCUGCCUCAUUGCCCGGGUCCUGGGUGUGCUGGGCCUGACCUGGUUCAUCAACAAGUUCCGCAUUGUCAAGCUGACCCCCAAGGACCAGUUCAUCAUCGCUUAUGGGGGCCUGCGAGGGGCCAUCGCCUUCUCCCUGGGCUACCUCCUGGACAAGAAGCACUUCCCCAUGUGUGACCUGUUCCUCACUGCCAUCAUCACGGUCAUCUUUUUCACAGUCUUUGUGCAGGGUAUGACCAUUCGGCCCUUGGUAGACCUGUUGGCUGUGAAGAAAAAGCAAGAAACUAAGCGUUCCAUCAACGAGGAGAUCCACACCCAGUUCCUGGACCACCUUCUGACAGGCAUCGAGGACAUCUGUGGUCACUAUGGCCACCAUCACUGGAAGGACAAGCUCAACCGGUUUAAUAAGAAGUACGUGAAGAAGUGUCUGAUAGCUGGCGAGCGCUCCAAAGAGCCCCAGCUCAUUGCCUUCUACCACAAGAUGGAGAUGAAGCAGGCCAUCGAGCUGGUGGAAAGUGGAGGCAUGGGCAAGAUCCCGUCUGCUGUUUCCACUGUCUCAAUGCAGAACAUCCACCCCAAGUCCAUGGCUUCAGAGCGCAUAUUGCCAGCGCUGUCCAAGGACAAGGAGGAGGAGAUUCGCAAAAUCUUGAGGAGCAACCUGCAGAAGACCCGGCAGCGGCUGCGGUCCUACAACAGACACACGCUGGUGGCCGACCCUUACGAGGAAGCCUGGAACCAGAUGCUGCUCCGGAGGCAGAAGGCCCGGCAGCUGGAGCAGAAGAUCAGCAACUACCUGACGGUGCCGGCCCACAAGCUAGACUCACCCACCAUGUCACGGGCCCGUAUAGGCUCAGAUCCGUUGGCCUAUGAGCCCAAGGCAGAUCUGCCUGUUAUCACCAUCGACCCAGCAUCCCCACAGUCACCUGAGUCUGUGGACCUGGUGAAUGAGGAGCUGAAGGGCAAGGUCCUAGGGCUAAACCGGGAUCCAACAAGGAUGACUCGGGAGGAGGAAGAUGAAGAUGAGGAUGGCGUCAUCAUGAUGCGGAGCAAGGAGCCCUCAUCCCCAGGCACUGAUGAUGUCUUCACUCCUGGACCAAGUGACAGCCCCAGCUCCCAGAGGAUACAGCGCUGCCUCAGUGACCCAGGCCCUCACCCCGAGCCCGGGGAGGGAGAGCCUUUCAUCCCCAAAGGGCAGUAGGCCCAGGCCAGUGGGUGUCCCAUAGACUCUCCCACAGAGUGGGGACUGGGUGCUCCCCUUGCCCUUUGACCUGGAUUGGCCCUGCCCCCUUCCUACGCAUGGCAGCUGGGUCCACAGCCCCCACUGCAGCACGGCUUGCCCUGCCUCCUGGGAAGUGUCCUCUCCCACCAGAACUGCCUUUCCAAUCCAUUUGGCAGAGAGUUGGGCUGGUGAGGCGGGCUCUGCCCUAUCUCUAGAGCCAGGCUCUCCCGUCCUGGACCAGGGCUCCACGAGGCCCUCCCUUCCCACGGCCCCCUCCUCAUCCAGACCAAUUUUCCAUCUUUGAUCAUCAUUUCUAACCAAAGAGCCUCUGGCUCCACUGUGGCCCCACCAGGAAAGGAGGGAGCCGAACCUUCCUUGGCCUUGACGGGGCUUCCUGAAUCAGAGGACAACAGGCAUGUGGUUGGGAGACAGACGGGGACCCAUGGCCGACCCACGCUAUUCCUGCCAGCCAUGGCACCCUGGCCCGCCACUUGAGCUGCUGGCUCGGGGCACCUCUGAGCUCCUGCUGGGUACUGUGACUGGGGGAUGAGGACCACGGGCCUCCUGGGGCUGGGGCUGGAGGGCUGCCCGCGCUCCAGGUAGUGCUGCCUUCUCACAAUGUUGCACCUCCACAUAAGUACGAUUCCGUUUGCACAGAGGCACUCCUGUUUCCAGACCCUGGAGACUGCACACCAGUCAGCCCCACCCUCUUCCCCUCCUUCCUUCCCGCUGUCUACCGCCUUCCCCUAAAUCGAACUUCUGCCCACUGGGCUCUUGCCCACGGCACUGAUUGAGAUGUGGCCCAACUUGCCGGGAUUCAAGCUCACGAGCAAGUGGCCUCCUGGCACCUACCUUGCUCACGGGCCUGCUUUACUCUGUUGGCCUGUUCCACCACCACCCCCAUCUGACCCCUCUCUUACCUGCAUACAUAGCUUGCAGUGAAGCCCAGCCCUGGGAAUAAGGCUUCCGCUGAGGGUGCCCUGUGCUGGCCAGGGCUGCUGGAGUAGACAGAGCACUGGACCCCAGAGGCCUUUGCUCACAAGCACAUACUCCCUUCUGCCACCAUGGCUGGGCACAAGCCCACGGGUGCCUGUCCAGCCUCCAAGCACUCCCUCCCCAGGAUAGUGCAGUAGUCAGAGGGGUCCCUCCCGGGGUGGGGCCAUGGGUGCUUGGCCCAGCUGUCUCCUCUCCAUGCAAGUGCUGUUUCGGGCAGGAGUUGCCAUGUAAGGUGACAUCGACAACCAUGUACAAAGCCACUGCAGCUGCCGCCGCUCUGCCACCUGUACAAAAGAAACUGAACCUUUUUCAUAUUCUAAUAAAUCAAUGUGAGUUUUUUA